GCGCUACUUAAUGGACUAGAUGGAAGCUGUCAGAGUUAGGAAGCCCAAGCUGAAGACUGAAGAAAUUAUUGCUCGACUUGAGUCUAUUGAAGUUCCUGACACUCCUCUACUAGUUGAUAAUGAGGUGCCUGCUAGUCCUGAGCCAACAGUUUCUGAAAUCAGAUCAUCCGAAAAUGGGGUUAAUAUUGUCCAAUCAACUUCUAAUUCUGAGGAAUAUUCAUCUGCAAAAGAUUCUAUUUCUCUUUAUCCUUCAUUGGAUGAUCACUUUACUAAAAACGAUCCUGCAGGAAAUCAAUCAGCUGAUCUCAAAGCCGACCAACUCGUGGAAGUUGUUAGGCCAAACGAAAUUGAAGCAUCUGCACCAGAACUGCUUUCAAAAUCACUUGAAGAGAGAGACUUCGUAUAUGACAAUUUCCCUCCUGCACUGAGUUCGGAACACUUAAAAAACCUGUACUUGAACCGUUCUCUUGACCUAAUAGAUGAAACGGAACAAAAAUUUUUGAAAGGAUCCGAUUUUCAACUGCUGGCUGUGUCCGAUUCAAGUGGAUUCAAUAUACCUGAUGAUCCAUUUUACUUACUUCUUUGUAAAUAUGCCGAUAAUUGGGGAAAAUGGUCACAGGCACUCAAACGUCUAAACAAAGUGCUUAAAGAAUCGUCUGAAAUGGAACAGUCAGUCUGGAAAGUGGUAAAAAACACCCAAAGUAUAGACGGUAAAUGUCAAGACAAGAGAACAGUUUAUCUUAAAUAUGAGUAUGAAACGGCCACAUUGAGUCAAUCCGCACUUAAUGAACUUAAAGAGACAAAUGAAGUGUCGCAUUGGAUUAUUUUCGAAGAAAUUCCCCUUGUUGCAUAUAAACUAGUUCUUUGCAGAAAUCGUAUCGAAGAGUAUUUAGCAAAUAUUUUAACACAAUGUUCAAUUUAUGAAAAUUUAACUUCAUCACAACCAGGAAUAUUGAUCGGUUCAAGAGUCGAUUCUGUACAUCUAGUUCAACUAAAUGAAAUGCGAUCAACAUGUUCUAUUCUGUUCACUUGUUUGCGUCAAUUUUGGUCAAAUCAAUACACUGGUCGUAUACAUGAUCCAACAUUUCUCAAACAUUUGUCUAAUUGGUUAAUUUUAACUGCUGGUGUGACUGUUCGUGCUUGUAGAUCGGAAGAUCAUAUAUUUAUUUUAAUGCAAUUACUACGUUUACCAUCACAGUUAAUCAGAUUAUUCGCAUGUUUAUUACAACCUCCAGAUCCAACUGUUGCAUGGGAAAGAACAAAAAAUCUUGUCGAAUUUUUAAAUCAACCAGAAGUUGAACUGAUACUAACAUUGUUUGCUAUUUGUUUACGUCCUGUCCGAGAACGUGCACGUUUUGUAACGCCUGCAAAUGGUGCAUCGUUUGAACAACAGACAAGUUCAUCAGUAAAUCAAGAUGGUACAAUUUGGACAAUGGUUGAUUCAGCUGGUGAAAGUGAUACAGAAGAACCUGGGGGCAUUGAAGUUAACAAGAAGAGUAAAAAUUCCACUAAUAAGCAAUGUGAUAUUUUUAUUCCUUUGCCUGAUUAUAAUCCUAAUCUAGAAUCAUGUACAUAUUUAAAUCCCAACGAUCUAAACUGUUUACUUGGUCAAUUAAGAAUUGAACGUGUUUUACAACUCUUAGCUUACGAUUACAUUCCACAGUGUGAAAAUAUGCAGGAUUUUCCGAUUCAAGAAUCUGGAUUUAUGACUUCAAUUGCAUUUGCUGAUCGUGUGCUUAGCUUAAUUGAAGCAUGUGGAAAAAUCUAUGCAGAACAUGUCCUACCACCAAGUCCACAAACUCAUUUAGGUUCAUGGCGUUCGUUGGCUAAACGAUUAGCUCAUCUUAUCAGAUUAUUACUUAUAACCAUUGGAUUUCGUAUACAGACUAUUGUCUAUCAAAAACAAUAUCAUUCUUUACAAAAUUCACCACAAUUCACAUUAAUUUUAUCACAAUAUGAUGCAUUAUGUAUACGUGCAGUGAAUUGUCUAUUAUUAGCUGGUAGUGGUCUACCUGAUGUUUAUCAAAAAGCUGGUCAAUUUACAUGUUGGCGUAAUUUAGCUUGUACAUUACCAUUAGGUUUAACUAUGAUUAAAACUAAAAAAGAAUUAUUUUAUAUUAUUUUAAUGUCAAUUUUACAAAAUAAUCAUAUGGAUUAUCAACAAAUUAAUGAAAAUUCAAUGAAUAUUUUAAUCAAAGAAUCUAUUAUGAAUAAUACGGAUAAUUUAGAGAAUAGUUUACCUGAUAUGAUAUUGAAUAAACUACAUCAUGCUUUAUUGUCAAUGCGAUUUAAUGAACUUGGUCUUUCUGUAGUAAUUAAUGUCUUAGGUAAAUUAGCUUCAUUAGAAUGUCGUCCAAGAAUUAUACAUGAAAAUCAUCAUAUGUCAACAAUGGGAUCAAUGAAUACAUUGUAUAGAUAUGAAUUACCUAAAGAUGAAGCUUCAUUAAUCAAAUGUAUCAUGCGUAUUAUAUUUGGUUUAUGUGUCUAUCAUAGACCGGAUGAUGCAAUUAGUCAAAAAGACAACAAGUUAACUAUAAAACAUUCUAUUUCCUCUAUUGUUACUUCGACUACUUCUACUCCGAUUCUUUCAUUAUUGCCUAUAUCACCAAAAUAUGGAUGUAAACAAUUGAUUGAAAUUGCCACUAAACAUCCACAAAUAUGUUUACAUUUACUUUAUGAUUUAAUUAUUGAAAGUGCAUUAGAUUUAACAACUACAAAUUCAUUAACAAUAAAAUUACACGAAAAAAUAGCUCAAUUGAAUUUAUGCUUUGGUGAUCAAUACAUGCGAGUGGAAGAUAUUUUACUUCAAUUAGCCAUGGAUGCACCAUUUCAUAUUAUGCAACCGACCAAUAAACAAUUAGAAUUUUUAAUCAAUUCACUUUGUCAUUAUACAACAGAUUGUUUUCUACACAAAUUAUGUCGUCUAUUCUUAUCACGUUUCAGUUGGGAUGCAUUCAAAGAUCUACAAUCACAAGAACCAUUUAUUCCACUCAAUUUACAUUUGGAUAUGACUUUAGGAUUAUGUGAAAUUGUAGAUAAACACAUGUCUGAUCUAUCUCAUUUUCAUUUAUCCAAAUUAAUUAAUCCAAAAUUGGUGUCGAACAUUUAUAAAUCUGCAAAAUCUUCUGUGAAUGUAUUCACUGCCACAUUAACUGAUCAGUUUCUAUCAUCUCUACAUAUUAGUCAACAACGAUUAAGAAUUAAAUCAAGCGGUUUGAAUAGACUAACAUAUGGUGCAUCAGAUUUACCACGUCGUACUCAUAGCGUAGAAAAUGUCACCGUUUCAUCAUCGUCAUCAUCAAAUCCUGAUCAAAAUUUAUCUGUUAUGCAAGAUAUAAUUGAUUGGGCUGCUGAAUUAUUACUACGCUUAAUUAUUCCCGGUUCAAAAUAUGAUCAACAUUAUUUCACCGGUACUGAAUCAUGCAAACUUAAAGAGUACAUUAAUCAAAUCUGGUUUAAAUUAUAUGCUUUAAAUCAAAAAAAUAAAUGUGAUCAGAAAAAAUCAUCAUCAUCAUCAUUGUUGAAUCCAAUCACUUCAUUUGUUAUGUUAUCAUUACAAAGUGUCUAUACAACAUUCGGUAAUAAUAAUAUUAAUAAUAAUGAUAAUUACCCAAUGAUCACUGCUACAACUACAAAUGAUUGUUUAUUUUGGCAACCUGAAUCAUCCAUGUUAAAUCAAUUGUUAACAUCAAUAUAUUCUUAUAAACAUUACAAAUUGACAUUGCGUACAUUUUUUGAAAGUGGUCUUGUCCAAUUAAUCUCCGAUAAUACGGAUAACCGUGAAAAUAAUAAUGAUAAUAAUUCAUAUCAACAAAAUGAAUUAUACUCGGAUCAAAAUUUUGUAUUAACUGAUACAACUAUAUCAUGGAUAUUUAGUCAAUUCAGUCUUGUACAAGGUGUGUAUUUAAUACAUUUAUGUCCAGUGAAUCAUCCAGCAUGUUUAUUAAUAAUUCAUAAUGUACUCUAUCAAUUAUUCAAUUUUAUUAAUCCAUCAUCAAUUGGUGAUACUGACCAACAUUUAUCAGCUAGAUAUGACCAAACUAAUUCUACUGAUUAUAAUUUCAGUAGUAUAAAGUCAAGGUCUAAUAAUAAUUUAUUUACACCUGGAUUCUUGUUGUUACGCUGUUUACCUGCUUCAUUAUUCAUACCUACUGGACAUUCAUCGUAUUUACCAUUAAGUUCAUCUUCACCAUCUUCGUCAUCAUCAUCGCCAUCAUCAUCAUUAAAUAAACAAAACUAUCAACAAUCAUUAUUUCAAUUAAUUAUACAAAAAAUUCGAUUAAUUUCAUCGUCAAACUAUGCUGAUCAUUCAAAUAAACCUUCAUUUACACAUGAUUUCAACUGUCUUAUUGAGUUCUUAUGCCAACUCGAUGUAUUCUUAUCACGUAGUCCAUAUUUAAAUGUCAGUGAAAUUAAAUCCAAUCCGAAGUUUUCACAUAUCUUAGAUCCAGAAUAUCAACGGUCUGUGAUUGAUAUAUUAUUGUGUUAUUUUGAUUGGAGUUCAUUGAAUUCAUUUAUGCAAACAAGUCAAUCGUUAUGGAACACGUAUCAAUAUAUGCACAAGUCGAAUAUGAAAACUGCCAAUGAGAAUAAUAAUGUCAAUCUAUUGUCAACAGUAUCACCUGAAUCGAGUGUUUUACGCUUACGAAACAAUGAAUCUCAUCAACGUCGUAUUGAAUUGUCACGUUCAUCAUCAUUUGAAGUGUUAUUUUCAUCAUCAUCUUUAAUGACUCUACCAUCAUCAAUUGAUCAAUUUCCAAAAUAUAUAAAAGAUACAAUUGAUUCAUUACGUCAACAUGCUAAACAAAUGUGUGAUCGUAUUGAAUGUAUUGAAAAGUUACAAAAUGAAUUUUGUACAAAUAUUCUUCCAAAAUUAUAUAUUCCAGUACGUGUCAAAUUAUUACAAUAUGUUGAAUGUCAAUCAAUGCUACCUUCUUGGAUGCCUGGUCAUCAAACAUGUUCCGGUGGGAGUAAUAUUUCAUGUGAAUAUCAAACAGAUAAACGAAAUGAGGAGAUUGAUGAUUUGUAUAAAGUGAAUAGAUGUGAUAUUGAUAAAUUAAUUCAGGCAGCACUAGAUGUGUCACGAAUUGCCGCCUGUGAUGUUCUAAACUACAAUGAUUUUUCGUCAUCAUCAACAUCCACCUCAUCAGAAGAUGGUAAACAUUCAAAUUUUGGAGUAAAUUGGGCACGUACUGUACUUCAGUUGCAGAAUGCAGUCAGUUACUUGAUACAUAAAUCACGUUUAGUCACCUCGGAAUCAAAAUGUCCAAGUACAAAUGCUACACAGAUUCCAACCGAAUCUUUAUCAGCAGCAUCAUCAUCAUCAUUAAAUCCUUCUUGUGCUCCGACAACAACAACUACUACUACUACUAUUACUACUACCGCUACUAAUGCUUCUAACAAUAAUCAAUUAAAUAUAGUACAAAAUAUUGGAUUACAAUGUUUUCAACAACUUUGUCAAAAUUUGUCCGGUCCUUUGCUUCAAUGUCCAUUAACUAAACAAGUACUAUCAAAUUGUGUUAGUGAACUUGCAAGUGAAUUUUUAACAAAUUUAUCAACUCAAUAUCAAUUAUUAUUAGAUAUGUUAGUUGCAUUACCACAUUUAUCAAAUUUAUUAGCAUCAACAUUUAUACCGCCAAAUCCAUCAUCAUCCUUAUUAUGCAUGAAGAAUAAGCAUGAACAUCAACAACAACAACAUCCAUUAGUGUCAAUUUAUCAACGUUUAAUGGAUAUCAGAUUUCGAUGUAAUGCCCAGACGGCUUUGUGUAUUUUAGAGAAAAUUAACUUUAAAGCUUGGUUUUCGAUUGAAAUUAAACAUUUUAAUCAAGAACAAUGGAAUCAACUAAUACUUGCUUUAUUCACAUGUAUUCAAGAGACAACCAAUGUUGAUACACCGGAAAUAAAUACUACUUGUUCCGAAGAGAAUGAUGAUUUACACAAGCUUUGUAUAGUACAUUUGAAAGCACUGUUAACAAAUCACUUUCCAGAUUUGUUUGUCACAGCAUUGGAAUUAUUGUUACAAAAUCUUAGUAAUCCGAAAUAUCUUGACAUAUGGAUAUUGUUUGAGGAGUUAUUGAUCGCUGAUAUAAAUAAUCAUUCGGAGUCUUCUACAAGUUUAUCAGUUGAACAAUUGAUUCAAUUACUGAAUCAUGUACACAGGCGAUUGACUUCCACUAUAAAUUCUUCACCAAUGACAACUUUAUCAAUGACAUUACAUGAUACACAAAAUGUUUUAAUUGAUGAAUGUUAUUCAAUGUUAAAGAAUAAUUCAUGUAAAACUAUACAAAUGAUUAUUCACUUUUUAAUGAUAUUAGCUUGUCAAUUAUGUGAAAAAAUUGGUUGUUGCAUAUUAAAUAAUCAUUUAACUAUACAAAAUGGUCAGUCAAUUAUUAUGGACAUGUUAGUACAAGUUUUUGGUUGCAUUUUACAAAAAUGUAUUACAUUGUAUUAUAAUGAUAAAGGGAAUAAUUUGAUUAGACCAUCGAGUACAACUUCAUCAUCAUCAUCAUCUGCAAGCCUACACCCAUCAUAUGAAUUAUCAUCAUCAUCGUUUAUUCUGUAUGUGGAAUGUUGUUUAAAAGGAUUCUCUGAAUGUCUUAAUUCUGCCAUUAAAGUUUGCCCAACUAAUAUGAAUCCAAUUUGGUCAAAUCAAUUAAUCAAUUUAUUUUUGAUAUGGUUCAAUUCAACAACAUGCCUAUUAAAUAAUUUCAAUGAUAAUUUAAAACUUUCACCAAUUACCUUAACGUCAACUUCGACUACUACUACUACAACACCAACAACUACUACUACUACUACUGCUAAUAUUCGUAAUCAAGAUCUGCAUAAAAUCCCAUUACCGCUUAUUAUUUAUUCAUCAUUGAUCAAUGAAAAAAAUAAACAGGCUAAUCAUGAUAAUAAUGAUGAAAAAAAGGAGAAAAUAGCUCAGACCAAUGAAUUCAUACUAUCGAAAUGGUGUCUAUCCGUAACUUCAUGCGUAUGGAAACCAGAUUUAGACUGUUUAGAUUCAAUGAUCAUGCUUCUAUUGAAUUGUGAUAAUUUUGUAAAUCAUCAAUUCAUUAAAGAAUUGGCAUCGAAUUUGCUUGUUCACCUGUUAUCCAAUGUUCAAUGGUGGUUUGAUCGGACUAAUUCAAUUAAUAAUCAAUCAAUUAAUGUACCAGAACAACGUCCUUGGUUUAUAAGUCAAUCGAAUGGAUUACAAUUGAAAAAUUCUAUGGUUAAAAUGGAUAUAGCAUAUGUUAAUUCAUUAACAUAUUUAAUUGUAUUAAUUGCUUCCAGCUUACAAACAAAUGAUAUCAGUAAAGAUACAAAAAUUCAAUUGAAAAUGAUUAUGGAAAAUAUUCAAAGUUCAUUAGAUUUAUCAAUAGUUAGUGAGUCGUGUUAUUUAUUCAUUCUAUCAUAUUUAACUGAACAAAAUCUACCAACUUAUUAUGUUCUUAUGCCACCGACAACAAUGGAAGGACGUUUAUUUGGUUUAUUAGCAGCAGCUGGUGGUAUGAUUUCUAAAUCUGCCGAUUUAUUCACUUGUACACCGGAUUCCUCGUUUACAAUUCAAUCAACAUCAACUGGACUUUAUCCAAAUAUUCAUAAGUUAUCAUCAUCAAGUGAUCAUGUUAUUGAUUAUAAAUUAUCCAAUUAUUCAACUAUGUCAUUACAUAUGAAACGUUUAGCUUAUUUACGUAAAGUGAUUAGUCUUCUAGAUUAUUCACUAUUAUAUGAUAAUCCUUUACCAUUAAACGAAAUCAAUGAAUUAAUUAUGACAGAUAAUUUUUUGAAUUCAUUGAUUAAAACUCAUAAUCCAUCCUCAUCAUCAUCAGCAGCAGCAGCUGCUGCUGCAGCAUCUUCGUCAUCAUCAACAUCAGGAAUAAUUGAUUCGUCAAUAUUUUCAAUGGUUUGGAAUAGAAUGUCAUCAGUCAUGUCUAAUUUAACUAAUAAUUUAAACUUUCAUACCAAUACGACAACAGUGACAUCAUCAACAUCAACAACAACAAUAAUAACAAAUGAUAAUUCAUUAUUUAUUCAAUCUCAAUUAAAUUCUUCUCAAUUGAUUAAAAUUUUAACAUGGUUACGUAUAUGUAAUUUAUUAUCUGAAUUAGAAUCUGUCUCAGGUCAGAUUGGAUGGAAAAAAUCAACUUUACAAGAAUUUCGACAAAUUGUUGAAUUAUGCAAUGAAAUAAUUUUAUUAGUGAAUUAUUCAAAUUCACGUAUGGAAUGUUUAGCUAAAUUAAAAAAUUUCAAUAAUCCCAAUCUACGCCAUGAUAAUAGUAAUAAAAAGAAUAAACAAAAUAAUUUCAUUGAUACAACAAUAUCAGAUUGUUUUAUUCAUGCAAUUAUUUUUUGGCUUUUAAAUGAUUUAGCUAUUAAUACACAAAUUAAUAAUAAUAAUCAUAAUAAUAAUAAUAAAGAUUCGGCUCAUCUCACAAAUUCACCAUUGAACAUUGAUCGCAUUGUUACUAUAAUGCCACAUUCAAUAGAUGCACGUUUAUCGAAACCAUUAAUUUAUAGUGUAUUAUCAAUGAAUUCAUCAAUAUUUAAUCAAGAGAUAUCUAGUCGAUUUGUACAAUUAUUGAAUGCAACAAUUUGGUCUGUUAUUGACUAUGCUCCUAAUGAAAUGUCAUCCAUUGAUCGUUUUACUGGUAUUUAUGAAAUUUAUUCAACUAUUUAUAUUGUACAAAAUAAAAUAGAUUUUCUACAUUCUAAUUUAUACACAUCUAUGUGUAUAAAAAAUAAUUUCUAUUUACCAUUAUUCUUUUUAAUACUAUGUCGAUUAAAUUAUUUUCACCAAUCUAAACUCAUUAAUGAUGAAUAUAAUAUCAUUAUUGCUGAUAGUAUGCAUUGGUUACAUUCAAUAGGAAUAAACUAUAUGAAUGGGAUUGAUGAUCGAUCAUUUCAAUUGAAUGAAUGGAUUUUAUUCUUAAAUUUAAUAAUUCAAUUAAUAUCUACAUCAAAAGUAAACUUGCUCAAUAAUGAACCAUGUUGUUCCAACCAUCCAGCAUGGUGUUCACAACAUACAAAUAAACAGGAUAUUCUUAACAAUGAUAAUAAUUGUUCAGCAGAUUUUCAUUGUAAACGAUUAUUUGAAAUUUUAAAUGAACUUAAAAAUAAUAUUAUGAUGAGAUUGAAAAAGAAGAAAAGAAUAAAUAUUUCUGAAGAGCAAUUUAUACAACUUAAAAAACUAUGCAGUUUUAUCGAAUGUUUAUGUUGUAUUCUUGAAACAUGGAUGAUUAAUACUCAUCCGACUGGAUUGUUGAAUUUAGAACGGUUAAGUUGUUUAACUUCAUCAACUACAUCUGUUGACAGCGGUAAAACUGAAGAUAUUACAAACAUGGAAGAAGGUAAUUUACAAGAAUUGAAACAGGAUAAUUUUGUUACUCAAGAUCAAUCAAUGGAUGCUACGAAUUCAUCAGCUUCUAUAAUUUCAUCACUUCUCAUAAGAUUACAAUCGUUCACAUUAAUUGAAGCUUAUAAAUAUUUAUGCCUACAAUUUUGGAAUGAUCUUAAACCAUAUGUUAAACAAAUUUUACAAAAUUGUUCAACUACAACACAAAUAUUAUCAUUAAAAAUACCAUGACCGACAUUACUUACCAUAAUUAUUAUUAUUAUUGUUAUUAUUAUUAU